AUGGCUACAAAAGGGUACACCCCAAACAUUGUUAAUGAAGUUUCUUCAACUGAACAACAAUUUGAUGAAGAAAAAUCAACUGGUUUACAAUCAAGUAAUCAACCAUUAGAUCAAGAACCAUUAGAUUCAUAUGCUGGUACUAAAUCAAUUGUCCUCAAACAAUCUGAAAUCUUAGCUCAACAAUAUGAUUCAAUUCCAUAUAGAUUAUUAUUAUUAUUUUGUGCAUUUUUAAUUGGUUAUGGUUAUGGUUUAGAUGCUAACAUUCGUUAUGUCUUUACUGGUUAUGCUGCUUCUUCAUAUUCUCAACAUUCUUUAAUCGCUACUGUGGGUGUUAUUAACGCUGUUGUUGGUGCUGCUUCACAAAUGGCUUAUGCUAGAUUAUCUGAUGUUUUUGGUAGAUUACAAAUCUUGAUAUUAUCAAUUGUUUUCUAUGUUAUUGGUACAAUUAUUCAAUCACAAGCUACAAAUAUUCAAAAUUAUUGUGCAGGUGCAGUUUUCUAUAAUUUAGGUUAUGUUGGUGUUUUAUUAAUUGUUUUCUUGAUCUUAUCAGAUUUUUCAUCAUUAAGAUGGAGAUUAUUUUAUCAAUUUGUUCCUUCAUUACCAUUCAUCAUUAAUACUUGGAUCUCUGGUAAUGUUUCAGCUGCUGUUAAACCUUUAGAACAUUGGUCAUGGGGUAUUGGUAUGUGGGCUUUCAUUUUCCCAUUAUCUGCAUUACCAUUUGUUGCAUGUAUUUUACAUAUGAGAUGGAAGGCAAGAAAUACUCCAGAAUGGUUAGCUGUUAAACAACAAAAAACUUUUUAUCAAUCUCAUGGUUUAUUAAGUUUUACUAAAGAAUUAUAUUGGAGAACUGAUAUUACUGGUAUUUUAUUAUUAACUGUUUCAUUAGGUUGUUUAUUGGUUCCAUUAACUCUUGCAGGUGGGUUAACUUCCAAAUGGCAAUCAGGUAAAAUUAUUGGUCCAUUAGUUUUAGGUUUUGUCUUGAUGCCUGUUUUCAUUGUUUAUGAAUCAUUUGCAGCUAAAUAUCCAUUAUUACCAUAUAAAUUAUUAAAAGAUCGUGGUGUUUGGGCUGCAUUAGCAAUUUCAUUCUUAUUUGAUUUUGUUUAUUAUAUGUAUGCUGAUUAUUUAUAUACUAUCUUGAUUGUUGGUAUUAAUCAAUCAGUUACAUCAGCUACAAGAAUUACAUCAAUUGCUACAUUUGUUUCAGUUGUUUGGUCACCAUUAUUUGCUUUGCUUGUUGUUUUCUUUAGAAGAUUAAAAGGUUUUAUUUUAUUAGGUACUUCAUUAUGGUUAGUUGGGUUAGGAUUAUUAUAUCAUUUCAGAGGUGGCGAAUCAUCUAAAAAUGGUAUUAUUGGUGGGUUAGUCGUUAUUGGUCUUGGUACUACAAUGUUUUCAUACCCAGUUACCGUUUCAGUUCAAGCUGUUACUUCACAUGAUAAUAUGGCCACAGUUUCAGCUUUAAUGUAUACCAUGUAUCGUAUUGGUUCAGCUGUUGGUAAUGCAGUCUCAGGUGCAAUUUGGUCAAAUUUAUUACCAAAAAGAUUAGUGAAAAAUAUGGCACAAUUUAAUAAUGCUACUUUAGCUUCAUCAGCUUAUGUUUCACCAUAUACAUUUAUUGUUGAAUAUCCAUAUGGUACACCAGUUAGAAGUGCAAUGAUUGAAGCUUAUAAACAUAUUCAAAGAAUGGAAACUUUAGUUGCUAUUGUUUUCUGUGCUUUAAUGAUUUUCAUUGCCUUUUUCUUAAGAGAUCCUGAAUUAACUAAUGAACAAGCUCAUAAUGAUUUAGAUGAAGGUGAAAUGACUUAUAAGAAGAGUAAUGAUCCAUUAGCUGAUUUCGUUAAAAGAUGGAAGAAAUAG